AUGGAGACCGAGUUACUCUCCAAGACAUGGGUAGAAGCGUCUGAGGAUCGAAUAAAGGACAAGAACCAAUCGAAAGCUAAGGCCACGGCCAAACCAGCGAACGUAAACGUGAAUGUGAUGGAAGCUACCCCGAUGGAGCCGAAUGACACGGGCGAAUCAGGUGCGACUAUGGAACGCAACAAAAUUUCGACCAAAGAAAUGGCCAGCAAGAAAGCGCCACCCAUGGCGAAGUCAGUAGCGACGGUGUCGACAUACGGGAAGGCGAAGUUCAAUUCAACGCCCAAGAUCACCAGGACAGUGUGGCAGUUACCGAACACUGCUACAGACGGUAAGCAAUCUCUCCCCGAUGCGUGGAGCGAAGCCCGCCGUGAUUGCAACGCAUUCAAUUGGCCUAUCCAAGCGAUUCGGAGAAGAAACCAAGGAUGA